GCUGACAUUUCUCAAAUUUUUCACAUUUUCAUGAAGAAAUACACCAUCAAAAUCUUUAUCAAGAACUUUUUGAAGAUGAACAUAGUGUAAUAAAUUUCCUUGGCUGAGUGACCAGGAUGUAUUCUGAGUGGAAGUCACUUCAGUCUGCCAUCCAGACAGAUGACAGUAACAUCAGUGUCCUCCACAGCUUCCCUGAUACAGUUGGUAAAGAUGUUGCUGGUUCUGUAGUGAAACACCUGGCUCAGAAUCUCAGUCUUGGUGUGAGCAACAGUGAGCCAAGUAAGCUCAACAAUGACAAGGAGGUCAAGUGGACUAUGGAGGUUCUGUGUUAUGGACUGAAUCUUCCUCUGAGUGAACUCGACACUAUUAAGGAUUGUGUGAAUGUCUACUGUGACUGGAUGACAGCCCUGGUCACACCCAAGGCUUGUGUACCAAAGCCGGUGAAGGAAGAACCCAACAAGUAUGCACAGGAUAUGCUUCAUCAUCUCUAUAACCUGUUUGCACCAAGAGACGAGAGAGGCACCGACUUGGUCAAGCGUCAGGCUGUUCACUGCCACAGAGUGCUGCGGACUGUGCAGCAUGUUGCCAACGAUUCAACCAUUAUGACUAGGGAAACAUGGGAGACAUUACUCAAAUUUCUUUUAGCAAUAAAUGACACAUUACUUGCUACACCAACCGUCAAAGAUGAUAUUGGUGACCAGCUGUGUGAGAGGGUGCUGAGUGUUCUCUUUGAGUUGUGGUUGUUGGCCUGCGCUAAAUGCUUCCCAGCUCCUUCUCUGUGGAAAACAUUCCGUGACAUGAGCUCAAAUUGGCGGCACCAUGAGGCACUAGUGAUCCAGUGGCAUCGCGUUAAUGCAAUCCUUACAUCAAAGCUAAUCAAGUUUAUGUAUGGACCAGAAUUUCCUGAACUUGCCAUAUCAGAAGAUGACUACCCCAUCAUUCCAGCAGACAUGGAUCGUGACUGUGUGGCACAGUCCUGGUUCAGAUUCCUGCACGUCAUCAACAACCCGGUGGAUAUGUGUCGGCCGCACGUCAUCAGCCAGACUCAGAAGUUUCUGCACAUGGCCUUGACCAGUGAGGCUGUCAUAGAACCUAGUCAACAUGAAUGUUUAGCAAUACUGCCCCAGAUAUUCUUCCGUGCCAUGAGAGGGAUAUCAGUUCUUGUUGAUGCAUUUCUUGGUAUUUCUCAGUCCAACCGUGAUGAUGCAUUGCUCAACCUCGUUAGUCGCCAGACAGCAACCAUCACAUCCUCCACACCUCCUCCUCGCCGGGCAGACAAGAAGAGCACAGGAAGUCAAGGGGGAAAAAGUCAGAAAAGUGUGUCGACUCCAAAACUGCAGGCGAAUACGACCUUGACACCUUCCAACAGCCCGGGUCAUGUGACACUUGAGUCCCUCCCACCACUUGCUCCAGCCAGACCUAAGUGUAACAGCAUUCUACACCUGUUUGGAGCGUGGCUUGUUGAGGCAGCCAUCGCUGGAGUCAAGGUCCAUGGCAACCAGUCCAGCAACAGCGUUCUGCACAUGAAACUAAAGCGUCACCUUUCAAUUCCACCAUCGAGACGCACUAGCUUUAUUAACGAGAGUGACAACGUACGUCGUCGUUCCAUGCCUCUAGAUGCCAUGUUGAAACUGUCGUCGUCACACGGAGAGAUCCUCGUUGACAACUACGAAGCUGGUCGAGCAGAAGCAUGUGGUGCCCUCUGUAGGAUCUUUUGUGCACAUAAGACGGGAGAAGACAUCCUACCAGUAUAUCUGUCCAGGUUCUACAUUGCCAUGCACUAUGGACUCAGGGUUUCAGAACCAGAGAAUUUCAGCAGUCAAGUUCUCGCCAACAUUCUGUUUAAUUCCCCGAACUUGCUGAGAGUCGACCUUGAUGGUGUGAUGGUGCUAGUCCCACAGAUGCUGGAUUCUCUUGAGUUGGUCUUGUCGGAUACCCUGCCAAAAAUAAACACAUUUGACCAGAUUCCGCAAGUAGAACUGAGGAAGGCCUCCAUACAUCUCCUCUUGUCCAUGAUCUGUCUGCCUCUACACUUCAAAGACCUACAGAUUAAACCUUUGAUACCAAAUAAUGAUAUGUCAGAACCAACACGUACAUUCCUGAGCCUGAAGAUGAGGUUGAUAGAACUCUUAAUGAAGGCUCUCACCAUUGAGGCCGACCCUGCAAAUACACAUUUGCUUCUUGGAGGCUUAUUGUUGAUUGUUCAGGAUUUAGCUAACUGUGAGACAGCUGAGCAGACGACACUACAACAGACACAUGACUUGUUAAGUGGACCAGAGCCAGAAACGUCAAGCAUUGGUAGUGGCUCAUCGAACAAACCAACUAGUCUCAACCUGGAAGGGGAGUCUGGACUGAAGACGAAAGAUUUUGACACCUCAUAUGGUCUUUUUGGUGGUGCUGCAUCAUUGGUCUGUAACCGCCUCAUGGCCACGUGGAAAACAGACCUCAAUAUCGCCUUGUCAGCCAUGGAGGUGCUAUCCGGUCUGGCCAAGGUCCACUUGAACACACCAAACCAUCUCAUGUGCAAGCGGACGGUCAAAUGGAUCUGUGACUUCAUCGUGUACCAGUGCAGCCGGCCCCCGCCUGCUCACUCCCGAGACCUUCACUCGAUGAUCGUGGCAGCGUUCCAGUGUCUGACCCUGUGGUUGGUGGAGCACCAUUACCUGUUGCAGGACAAGGAGUGUUUACAUUACGUCUUGGAGGUAGUUGAGCUUGGCAUCUCUGGCAGCAAGUCACAGAAUCUGGCACGAAAUCAUGAGUCCAUGACUUUAAAAAUAGACAAGGACUCGAAGUCUGUGUCCAUGUUAAAGAAUCGUGCCAGCGAUGUGCCAAAGAUGAAAGGGGAGAAAGAGUUGAUGCCAGCUUCCAUGAGGGUCAGAGAUGCAGCAGAAUUAGUCCUGACUACUAUCAUGGAACAAGUGGGUUCUUUCCCUCCUCCAUGUGGACCAGAGUCACCCUACUCCCUGCUAGACGAGGACUCAUUGCUGCGGUAUUGCAGGGGCGGCAGUAUACCAGAGCAUGGUUUCAACUUUCGCUACUUUGUGUUGGAGAAUUCCAUCAUCAUUGGCCUGCUCGAACAACCACUUGGCAAUGAACAAGACCCACUGCCCACAGUCACAGCCAUCGUCAGGGGACCGUUUGGUCGACAUGCUUGGACGAUGCAGCUGCGCCAUCUACCAAGACACCACAAGGUUGCAUCAAAGGCGUACCUAUCGGACCCCGGUAGACCCCAGCCUAGGAAUGACAUUGGUAAACAGUACAACAUACGACAUCGCUACUUCCCCGAUAUGGUUGAGAAGAUUCCGCUAACGAAUGCUGACAAGAGCAUUCCUCCACUGGAGUCGGUCGUCCCCGAUAACCAGCAGGCAGACCAUGAAAAAUUGAAGCACUUCAUCGAGAAACAGGCAGAGCUUGAAGCUGGCAUUGCUGCCAGGGUAAAGAAGGAAAAAGCUCAGCGUGAAUUCCCGGACUCAGCUACAGAAUGCAAGCCACCAACCAUCACCCAUGAGUUCCAGACAGCUCGGUUAUUCCUUGCUCAUUAUGGCUUCCUCUCACUUGAGGCGUUGAAAGAGCCGACCAACAGCAGUAUCCCGCCUCCCCUCUCCAUGCUCAACCACACCCAGCCAGGCUACCUAAGCGCCCUGGAGGCUCUUGACAGUAUUCCCAGCAGAACCAAUGACACAGCUUAUGUCUUCUAUGUCAAAGCAGGGCAAAAAACCGCUCCAGAGAUACUCAGUAAUGUGCUUUCAGAGAAGAAUGUGCAGUCUCACUUCAUGGAGUUCCUGUUGGCACUCGGAUGGCCGGUUGAUGUGAAGAAGCACGCUGGGUGGACAGGGAACCCGGUCACCAGCUGGAAGAUAAUUGAGGAAGGAGACGAAGGUGAUCCAGGUGCUCCCUCCAACACAGGUGGAAGCCUGUAUGACGGGCGUAAACAGGUGCUCUACUGGGCUGAUGCAAGCUCCGAGGUGGUGUUCAUUGUACCCUCCCCCGAUACGUAUCACGAACGGAGACGAGCAAGUCUGGAUUCUGUGGGAGUCACAUUCCGUUUCCAAUCCUCAGACCGGACUACCAAAACAUUAGACUGUCCCAUACAUAUUUCAAUCUCAACCCCAAAUUUUGGCGAAACCAGCCCGACACAAUCUCAGCGGAAAAUCUAUCAAAAAAUUGCUCCACAAACUUGGGCAACUGGUGCUGAAAUGAGUCGAAGGCUGCGGGAUUCUCCCCCGAACUCCAGUCCUGUUUGUAGUCCAACCUUGCGUCAACAUGCCCGUUUACGCCAUGAGAAUGGCGAGGUUGAUAGAACAAGCCAUAAAUCGUGGUCCCCUCUGUUGCAACGUCUAUCUCUUGUGCCAUCGCAUCACCACGUAAAGCAACCCCAAGGAGAAGAUGGAGGGAUGGCAUGGGCCUCUGCCCUCCGGUUCAGUAGUAUGUACUUAAAAGAUAAGUCUCCAGUUCUUAGUGGGGCCAAGGGACGAGAGGCCAUGAAGCCAAAGAGCCUCUCUCUGGAUCUGGACGCACCCCCAAAGACAGAGAAGGAGAGCCCUAGUACGCCGACAGAGACGUCACGAGGGCUGAGGAAGAUUGGGCGGACGAUAAGCAAUAUGGGUGGGCCAGAUACGAAAGUGUUCAUUGUGUGGGUGGAGAGUUUUGAGGAUGGGGAGAACAUUCCUAUAAAUGAUCUUGUGUGUGCCACCAACCCUCAAGCAGAGAAGGACAAUGUGACAAGCAGUGGCUCAUCUCUUGCCAGUCAGACAAGCAACAAAGAUGCCAACAUCUGUGUCAUCCUGAUUCACUCUCUCAAGAGUGGCUUGUUCAGAAUAGGAUUACAGGGUCACAGUGGUCGUAUCAGUAUGGCCGGUCCAUUGGUUGAUGGUAUGGUUGUGAGCAGGAGGACGUUGGGAGCAUUGGUCCGGCAGACGGCCAUCAACUUGUGCAGGAGAAAACGACUGGAGAGUGAAGUAUACCAGCCGCCUCAUGUCAGGAGGAAACUACGCAUCCAGGAGAUCACAAACAAAUUCCGCAGUCGGAUGAACGAGCCAGAAUUCUACACUGCGUUGUUCCAGGAUACAACGAAAUGACUCGUGGGUGACCAGUGCACUGCAGAGACUAAUCUAAACGGCGGACAAAACAUGAAUGGCUAUGUUAGCAGAGACUACCGGAAAACAUCAGAAACUAGACAACACAGGGAACAGGAUGAGUGCAGUCAAGUUAAUUUUGUUGGGCGACCAAUUACUGAAUCGGUGUCCAUAAAGAUAUAUGAAACAGCACUUUAAUAAAAGCCGUCACAGUAUCGUGGGGAGAUGUGAUAUUGAUAGCAGACUCUAUUUGUAGCUGUAACUGUAUAAGUUUACAAGAUGUAUUAUUACAUUUUACAAUAUCCAUGCCGGCCAUGAUUUUGGUCCAUUUCGUAUGCAACAAAAAACACAGAGUGUCACUUUUUCUAAGAACUAGCACUGAGGGGAUACAUCUUUAGAAGGCAUAACGCACAAGAAUCUUUUAUCAUAUUUAUUGGCAAAUCUAUUGAUUCGUUCAAACUGUCAUAAUCAUAGAUAUAGGACUAAUUUCUGGUAGUCUGCUUCUUGUGGUGGUAGCUGUUCUGUGAAAUGGACCUGGCUUUGUUCACAUGUGCUUAUUUGUGGCAGAACAAUCAAUGUGUACAAGACUUGCAUCAUUUGUCUCGUCCAUUUGAGUUGUUUCUGUUCGUUCUUUCUGCUACUUCUGUAAACAAACUAGUUGGUGGUCAGUGUUUUGCUUACCGUUUAGGUUGGUGUCGUAUGGUCUUGGGUGUUCACUGUGUGAAUGUAAUAGGGUGUGCCAAGCCAUCAGUGUAACUGGAAAUGUGUGUUCUAGGUCAUCAGUGUAACUGGAGGAGUGUUAGUGUUUUCAUGUAUUCCGGGUAAUGUGCGAUGUCGAUUCUAGUAGUGUUUGUGACUUGUAACAGAGAAGGGAUUGGAGAAUUUUAAAAGAAGUGAACAUUAUGAUGUAGAGCUGGAAAGGAAUUAGUUACCUUGAUUUGUUUUAAGUGUUGUGAUUUGUAGGUGGUGUUAUUUUGGAAUCAAACGUAUGGUGCUAAAUUCUUAACUUGUAUUAUGGGGGAGGGGUCCAUUUAAUGUGUGCUCUAUUACAUGUUCUACACUGCAAGUAGUUGGAGUGUAGGUAUUGUACUCAAGUUAUUUCAGUCAGGAGUUUAAGGGGGGUUUUCCUCCAAAAUCUUUCUCAAAAUCCAAUUUGAGGACAAAGUCACAAUCAGACUGCCAGGAUGCGAUCACUUUAGGACAAUAAAAUAUUGGCAGUCUGAUUGUGACUUUGUCCUCAAAUGUACUUAUUCUUAUUCGUUCGUAAACUACAACAUCUCCUUUGAAAUGCAGGACAUUAUAUUAUCACAGAAAUAACUGAAUUUCUGUUGUAUUUAUAAUCAGAGUUCUAUGCAAUUGAGAGUUGUUUAAGAAAAUGUAUUCAUUCGUGAUUUACAUGUUUCGUUUUGAUGAGAUUGUGGGUCUAAAAUGAAAUCGCUUUGUCUAAAGUGACAUCUGUUAUUGGUAGAAUUGACGAAACCCAUGUUAGCCUGUUGGCCUGUAGGUUUGCCUGUAAUGAGAACUAUUGUGGCUGUCAAUGAGAACCCUGUAACCCCCCUUCUGUAUGUUAGGUGUACAUGUACCACAGGGUUUACAUGGUUCCUCUUCAUUUUUGGUUGCAUAUGCAGAAGAUAGCUAGUAAUCAUGUUACUAGUAGGUGUUGUACAGUUGUGAAGUGGCUGCUUAAAGUUCACACGAAUAGAUAUAUUCAUUGGUAA